GCAGAGUCAAUGGCGGCAGCGGAAAGAUGGUAUUUUACCAAAGAACAAUUGGCCCUCACACCGAGUCGAAAAUGUGGUCUGGACGCGGACAAGGAGCUCUCGUACCGACAGCAAGCCGCCAACUUGAUUCAGGAUAUGGGACAACGCCUGCAAGUCACCCAGCUCUGCAUCAACACUGCCAUUGUCUACAUGCAUCGAUUCUACUACUACCAUUCGUUCACCAAAUUCCACCGAAAUUCCAUAGCAGCGUGCGCCCUGUUCCUGGCGGCCAAAGUAGAAGAACAGCCUCGCAAGCUAGAGCAUGUCAUCAAGGUGGCCCACAUGUGCCUGCACCGAGACGCUCCUCCACUCAACCCCGCCAGCGAGGCUUAUCAAGAACAGGCCAUGGAGCUUGUCCUGAAUGAGAACAUGAUGCUCCAGACACUAGGAUUUGACAUUGGCAUCGAACACCCACACACCCAUGUCGUCAACUUCUGUCAGCUAGUCAGGGCUAGCAAAGACCUGGCCCAGACGUCGUACUUCAUGGCUACCAACAGCCUCCACCUGACGAUGAUGUGCCUGCAGUACAAGCCUCGGGUGGUGGCCUGCCUGUGCAUCCACCUGGCGUGCAAGUGGUCCAACUGGGAAAUACCCAAGUCCAGCGAGAACAAGGACUGGUUCUGGUACGUCGACCAGAGUUGCACUGCGGAGUUGCUCGAAGAGCUGACGUCGGAGUUCCUGGCCAUUCUGGACAAGUGCCCGAGCCGGCUCAAGCGCAAAAUCAUGAGCAUUGGAGCAGGUAGCAGUGGAUCAAGCUCCUCGGCGGCAACGACACCAGUUGCAUCAGCACCAAGUUCCAGCGGUAUUUCUUCACGAAAGGAGGCUCAUGGGCAGCAGAGGAGGGAAGAGAGGAGUGCAGCCGCUGCUAGUCACGAGCCGUCCACUUCAAGUGAGGCUCCUGUGAGCAGCGAGAGGCAGCCUGCAUCCAGUAGCCAUGGCGGCAGUCGGAAGCCACCCUCCGACCCAACUCAGCAUCGGAAUGCCAAGGUUCCACCGCAUCACGGACCGGCACAGCGGUCACCGGGGCUAGCACAGCUACAAAUCGGCAACCAGGGCGCCGAGCACAUGCUUUCUCCUGGCAAGCGAAAGGCCCUGGAAGGCACCAGCAGUCAUAGUUCUCAACCGCUUUCGCUGGAUGCAUACCGGGACAAGCGCUGUCGCCAGAAGGGACAGCCAAAGCCCCAUCCACCACCAUCGGACCGGUCAGAAUCCCAUCACGGAGUCGCGUCUCACCCACCUCAUCAGGCUCCUUCAUCGCAUUCUCAGAGCAGGCAUCACCAGCAGCCUCACCUUGAACCGACGUCUGACGUCGGUGUGACAACGGCGCCACCACACCAUCCCUCGACUGCUUCCACUUCCGACAGUUCCAAGCCGCCAGCCGCCCAGGUCAAACCUGAGCAAGCCUUGGAUGAUGCGAGUGGCUUCAACUUCAACUUUGGCGCUCAGUUUGGUGGUGACUGGCGGCGACUCAUCAAUUUUGACACCGACGAAAGGAGCAAUUCGCAAGAUGUGCUCAUGACAUUGUCACAGGUGGUGCCACCGCCUCCUUCGGUGCCAAUGUUGCCAGCUGAGGAGAAUAAUGUUCCACCAAAAAUGGCUUCAGUUCCACCUGUUGCAGUGCCGCCAGCAAAAGCAGAGCCUCGCACUCCUCCGCUGCCACCAACAAAGGCACGGCCCUCAUCACCCCCGCAGCCACAGAAGCCAGUCCCAGCAAACCCGCCACUCCCUCCUCAAAAGUCUCAGCCUUCCACGCCUCCCAUUCCACCUCCAGCUGUGCAGCUUCCUCCUCCACCGCCACUGCCGGCAGCACUGGUACCCACUGCAGCUCCAUUGCCAGCACCAGUUGCUGACAAGCCAGAGAUCAAAGCUGAAGUGAAGCAGGAGACAGUUGUUGCACCUCCAGUCAAGGAUAAGGAAAAGGAAAGGUCGGAACGAAAGGAACGCAAAGAAAGGCAUAAGCACAAGCACAGCUCAUCAGAGCGUUCGAGAAACAAGCACUCGUCCCCAGGUAAACACAGCGGAGGGGAGAAGACUUCGGAAGGAAAGUCUCAUGGUGACCGGGUGCCCGAAGUAGGAGCUCAUCACGCUGUAAACAAUGCUGUUGAUGUGCAGCAGGUUGUUAACCAUGUCGUGGAUGGCACACCCGUGGCGGACUCUGACAGAAAGUUGGAGCGUAAUGGCAUCAGCAAGCACGACCGCAAGUCUUCGGGCAGCUCGAAGUCGGAGAGUUCUCGGAAGGAGAAGUCUGAGAGGCGAGAGAAGGAACGCCGGGAGGCGUCAAGGGAAGAAAAUGGCAGCAGGUCGUCGCAGCCGAGUGCUGGUGGUGGCUUGAAAAUAACUAUUAGUAAGGAGAAGCUCCAGCAGUCAGGCAGCAGUUUGACUGGAAGCCCCCCACGGGAAGCUCUGAAGAUCAAGAUUCCCAAGCUCAAGAUUGUUCCGCCCACGCCAACGCCUCCCCCAGUUGACCCACUGGAGUCUGGCAAGGGACCGCACACUCCGCCACCUCCGAGCACGGGGCUGAAGCUCAAGAUCAGCAAGGAGCGGCUGAACAGCGGCCGAAAGAGGGACCGGCGGUCGGAGGACGGGGAGCACCGUGCUCGCUCGCCCAAGUCGAGGAAAGUGUCUGCGCCCGUGCCGCCACCCCCUCCACCGCCACCAGGACCGAGCUACCCAGCACCGCCGGUGCCGCCCUCUGGUGGAAGUGCCAAUCACGUGCCGCCACAAUUUCACCAGGGCUAUGUUCCUGCACCGCAGUUUUCGGCCCCACCUCCGCCUCAUCAUCCGCCAAUGUACUUUCAGCCACCCUAUGGCUUUCCACCGCCGCCCCCUAUGCACAUGGCGCCAGGUGCUUAUCAGGUGCCCCAGUACUUCGGCAUCCCGCCUCCACCUCCCCCGGUUGAUCCACCACUACCAAAAGAGCUCCCUCCCCCACCCCCUCCGCCCCCUUCGGAGUGAGAGGGCAUCUAGGAUAGGAUUUUCAAAUGUGUGAAUGCCACACCGCAGGGGAGCCCCCCUUCCCCUGGCAAUAUGAGGAUGACUUUUUCCGCCCCGAAGUAAGUGGCCGUGCAUCCGGUUUACUCUAACUUAUCGUGGAACACUAAGUUGUCGGGCUUGGUUCUCUGCUUUGCAGGAUCGAGCGAAGCAUAGCUGCUCGGUUCGUGCAGUGUGAAUGUGUGUACUGUCCUCUGUGUGCAUAGCAGGGCCAGUGUCUUCGACAACUCUUGGGUGAUUGUAAGUGGUGAGAGGGGGGUUCUUGAAGUCUUGUGUGUGUGGGAAUUUCGGUGAUUUUGGAGCGCCACGCUAGGCUGUGCCGUGGCGUCAGUUCUUUUCCCUUUCGUGAUACCGCCCAUGUGUGAGAUCGUGUAUGCCACCUGUAUCGAACACCGGUCUUUUUUUUUUCUUUUUCGUUGCCUCACUAUGUGUGUGGAUGUGUAUAUAGUAGAACUCUAGGAGAGUUGUGGUUAGCAAUCGGGGUGGGGAGUGGUGUGCUGCCGUGGUGUGUACCGUGCUAUGCGGAAAGUACAGAAUGAGUAGGGAGGUGUUGUAGAACGAAUUAUGACUCUCAGGUUAGCACCUGUAAAAGCUGUUUCCCAGAACUCAAGAAACAAAAGAAAAAAAAAUAGUGAAAAAAAAAAGAAGUUUGCUCAGUGCAAGUUGUACAUAGUAUAUGAAGUUGCCUGUAAUAUACAGUUGAAACAUGCAGUGUUGUGUUUGCUGUUAUGCUGCAUUCAGCUGCAUGUUUGCAAUAGACUUAAUUUUUUGUAUGUGUAUGUGGCCCAUUCCUAAUGUGGCAUGUGUGGCCUAGCGUUUUUUUUUUUCUUUUGAAGCAAGUUGCUUCUUCAGCCAGUUGUGUUCAGGAGUUGCUGCGGCUGGCAGGACCCUCUGUUUUGCUCCUGCAAUGUAAAUAAAUAUUCACUUGAUUGACACAA